AUGGCACAACAAGGCGAGCAAGGCGAGCAAGGCGAAGAGCAAGGCGAACAAGGCGAGCAAGGCGAACAAGGCGAGCAAGGCGAACAAGGCGAGCAAGGCGAACAAGGCGAGCAAGGCGAACAAGGCGAACAAGGCGAGAUGAUGAGCAAGCCCGUGUCCGUCAAGAGCAACUCGUCACCCGUGGAGCCAGAGUGGCGCAGCGCAGCUACGCUACGCUACGCUACGUCAAGGCGUGUCAGCCUCCUCCGAGGCGUCAUCAGCCAGGGUCCCAGACAGCGAAAAUGA